AUGUAUGUUCUGGGUCUAAUGAGGGAAAAAUUUUUGGUGGUUAAGGGCAAUGCAGCGGUGAGGCAUGUGCUAGGGAAAUGCAUCAAGUGUCGCAGGGUACAUGGAAAGGUAAUUGAACAGCAAAUGGCCGAUCUACCACCUGAUCGCAUGGAGUCAAGGAAACCACCCUUCUAUCGCACCGGGGUGGACCUUUUUGGGCCAUUCUUCAUGAAAAGGGGCAGAGCGCAGAUAAAGCACUGGGGAGUUAUAUUCACCUGCUUGAACAUGAGGGCCAUACACUUGGAAGUAGCGUCAAAUCUCACAUCAGACUCAUUCAUUAGUGCCUUCAGAAGGUUUUUGGCUCGUCGUGGACAGGUUAGGACGAUUAAAUGCGACUGCGGCACUAAUUUUGUGGGAUUACGGAAGGUUCUCGACUCCAGUUAUGAGUUCUUGGGAGAAAACAAGGUGGAAGCAACAGUUAAUAGUAGGCCCCUUACCAUUGUCACCUCAGACAGUAGAGACCCAGCUCCGCUCACACCAAACAAGCUUUUAAACAUGGGAGAGUCACCCGCAGGGUGCGAUGUUGCAACAGGUAGCUACUCUAAGCAGAGAUGGAAGCAAGUGCAGCACAUGGCCGAGCAGUUCUGGGCACGUUGGAAACGCGAAUACCUGUCGGGGUUACAACAGCGACAGAAGUGGUUCAAGGAACGACGAAACGUCAGGGUGGGAGACAUAGUCCUUAUGGUCAAUGAAAGUGCAGCACGCUGCCAUUGGCCACUGGCUCGAGUAGUACAGACUAAAGCAGGGAAAGAUGGAUUGGUUAGGACGGUGACUGUCAGAAGGGAGGGCAAGGAUUAUGACAGACCACUGUCGAAACUUGUUUUAAUUCUGGAGGAAGAGCAGGACCUAGUGGACAACGCCAAGCGAUAG